UAUUAUGGUCUAACCCAACAGUUCGAGAGGAGAUAGUCCAAUUGUUGGAACUAAACAUGAGUACCAAGGGGGCUGCGGAGGACAAGAUCCUUAGCCACAAGGGGAUAUUGUUGCAGGAGCUGUUUUCCUUGAAAGGAUACAAGGACGUUGGACUGCAAUCUGAUGAUGGCCCUAGAAGGAAACUACGGACAUCGUUCUUUACAAACGGCCUUACCCUAACACUUCUUGCCUAUGAUACAUCGAAGCAAAAAAGAGGUAGAGGUUCGCAAGCUGCCCAACCUUCGGAUACUCAAAGAUCUCAAGCAGUCCAGGCUUCUUCAAGUGCUCAGCAGGGAUCCUCGUCUUCAGGCCAUGGUGCAGGUGAUGGUGGUGAUGAUGGAGACGACGACGGAAAUGAAGAUGACGAUAUCUUGCUGGGUAUCAGCGAUAUUGACUUGCUCGAAGUUGAUGAACCAUUCUUAGAUGGCGAAGAGGGAGAAGAAGCAGCUGAAGAAGGUACAUCGAGCACAAAUCCACUGUUCCCGGUGAGUCCCAGUCCCCGGCGUGAGAUCAACUGGAAGCAGAGAUCCCGUCUCCUCGAGAAUGUAGAAGUUAAAUAUGACACCCAGGCAGCAUGCCCUCCCCCCGAAAGUACCAUUAUCAUUGGGAUCGAUCCAGGCGAGAGGUACUCGAUGACAAUUGCAAAGUUGGAUCCAAGGGAACCUAACGAACGUGAGAUCCUCCGGAUUUCUAGAGCGUACCUUUACAAACCAUCCAAGAAGUUUCAGGGCGAGCUAGAGAGGCGAAAGCUUAGAAGAGGAAUUACAGAGAUUGAAAGCAAUAUUCCGUCAUUCUCAAGGCCUACUUUAACACAUACUGGAGGUAGUUUCUCUGGUAGUGGGGUUGGGGCCAGUAGAGCAGGGACCGGUAGUAGCAGUGGAGUUGAGGCCAGUAGUAGCAGUGGAUCUGGGACCAGUGACGACAAUAGGGAGACUAUAUAUAGGGCGCUUGUCGAUUUCUAUAAUGACGGGUGGUUUGUUCGGAAUAGCUGGGAUAUUAGAAAAGCACAGAACGGAUGCGUUGAUUAUGUGAUCAAGGCAAUUCUGAAGCUUGCGGGCGGAAGCAAUGGAAGAAGAAGAGAUGCCAAUACGAAUGCGGUGAUCUGUAUUGGACUAGGAUCAUUCAAGACAAACCGAGGACAAGUAUCGAAGCAUGGGAUAUUGAUGAAGAAGCUUGUUGAAAAGGUUGUCAUGAAUACUACACAUCUGCCAAGUGUCCACGGCCUCACUGUGACAGUAUAUUGGAGAAUGUUCCUUUUCGAUCCAAGAACUCAAGGCCAAGCUUCUAGCGGUAGUGGCGGCGGUGGAGGUAGUGGUGGCAGUGGUGGCAGUGGUGGUGGUAGUAGCAGAUCCACAAAAAGGAAAUUUUCAGAUGAAGGAGGAGGAGGAGUAGAGGGAUCAAGACCACCGAAAGGGCCUUUGCUGGGUCCAGGAGGAGGGGGAGAGACAAGCCGACAACAACAGUAGGACACAAUCUACUACAAACAUGACUAGGUCCAGAAAGGCCU